CUAUAGGAUUGUCUGUCCACGUCUUACAUGAGGACAAAAGAAAACACCACACGGGCCCCGUACCUGGCCUACUUGCUUUAGAAUACUCAACUCAUCUACGACAGUAGUUGCCAACAAGUAGCUCACCACCACACUGCGAUCAUUGGAGCUCGAACUCGGACCGACCCAUGAGUUUCCAGACUCGGAGAUUUCGAUAACUCAUUGGCAGUUUACGCCCUCCUUGUCUGCCCAGGGUCGCAACUAUCUUAACUUCCACUAAGCAGAAAGGACCUACCCACACCUUAUGGUCUCAAACUAUUUACCCCAGUGCCGCGCGACACCAGCGAAGACAUGAGAAGCCUGACAGUUUUUGGCGGGAUUUUCGAGUGCGGUUUUUGUUUGUCUUUGUUUCUGUGCCAUGCUGCCGCUUCAUACGGCGAUGGCUCUGUCCAUUUGCAAGGCAAGUUCAGCCUCGACGUCAACCUGCAGAGAGAAUUCGACAAGACCGUGUCAGAGGUCAAAAACAUUCUGAACUUUACUGAUAAGGAACUGCUGGACAAACUGAACCAUACUAUUUACAAGGGUCUACUGAAUCACGUUAUCAGGGAGUCAGGGUACCUGGCUGAGUUCCAUAGCGGCAUUCCCGAAGCAGACGACAAUAUGGUCAACGAGUUGGAAAAGGCGGGAUUUGUUGUGCUGGCAAAUCUAGCCAAGAAAGACGUACGUGGUGGGGCCUCCAUUGAUACUGUUCUGACGUCAGAAUCUGAUGGGGCAUGUGCCCCAUUGGUACCUCAUGUUGAGGGUGGUGGCAGACACCGUGGUUUUUACACCAAACCGUCAGCAACUCGCAAUGCAUCUGAACAACUUCCUCACAAAGUCCAACAUCAUAACAAGAAGUCAACUCUACUUGACCCAGUGUCACCUCUACUUGACCCCGUGUCGAGUGCCCAGCUGGACUCUCGCUCUGGAUCAAAAGCAGCGAAGGACACGAACAGCAUUGGUUCCGAACACAAAAAGCCUGCAGAAGAGCAAGGACAAACGGAGAAUGAUUUUAACUUAAUUCUGGAAGAUCCUUUGAGUAAAGUGACUCAUCGAGAUACCCAAAACACAAUGCAAGACGACAGAGGUGUAUCAUCAGCUAGUGACAACAAUAGGUUGGUCAACAAAGAAGGCUUGCCGAUCCUUGAAGACGAUUUAUACUGGUCAGAAGAGCUCGAAGAGGUGUCACCAAAAGGUUUUAGCCAACUAGAACUUGAGCAGUGGAAACAGAGUUUAUCUUCACAAACUGUGCAAUCCGUCGAGCCCGGUAAUCCGAAUAAAUGCGGCAGGGAAAAGAAUCGAUUUCUUGUAUUGAAUGAUGGAACGAGGCUGUGUGCUCGGUAUCGACACCCAUUAAUUACGAGUAUGACCGGAGAGCUGUACAGCUUCCACCUAGGGCGCAUGCUCGGUAUGACGAACUUGCCGCCAUUACACGUCUCCAUAGCAACGACAAAUGACACUCUCUGGAGUGGUCUGGAAUCCCACUUCAAUGCUGCAGAAUGGGAGGACGGGAGAAUGGUGUUGCUGACUAAAUGGAUUGAAGAUCUUGGCGGUGCCUUCUUCCCAGAUAUGCUCGUCACGGGACCAUUCCCCGUUGGGAGCAAUUACUCGCAGUUAAGACAGCUUAGAAGCGAAGAGCUCCUCGCACUUCAUCAAUGGAGUGAUCUUCUCGUAUUUGACUUCCUUAUUGCCCACUUCGACAGGCUCACCAUAAACUUAGCCGGUGUCCGUUAUUACGACGACAUCUCGAUCCUGAGAACCCAGGUCCACAACUUGGUGCAGCAUCCACAAACCAAACAGCUGUGGAUUGUGGAUAACGAGAGUGGACUCCUCGACGGCUAUUCAUUCCUUCAGGUAGAGAACAAAGACAGCUUACUGCACAGCGAGCUCCAAAAGGAAUUACUACAGAAAAUCUGCAUAUUCCGCCGGUCGACUGUCGAACGCGUGAGGGCGCUGUUGGAAGACCCGAAUCCCGCCCGACUGCUCACGGAGCGGGUGCUUCGGGAGGAUCCACUCAGUAGAGGGGUGUUCCCUGAGUUUGAUAAGAUCCAUAAGCACGGAGGGAUGCUUAGAGAGAGAUUGCAGAUUGUUCACUCGUGGAUGGAAAGCUGCCAGAAACAAAACAUUGCCAAGAAUGCUGGAGAGUCGCAAUCAUAGAGCUAUAUAUAGCUCUAUGGUCGCAAUACACCUCUGACCACUCCCCCUUUUAGUCGUCGCCCUUUACGUCAUGGGUUUUAGAGCCCUUUUUUUCUCGAAACAACAGUAUUAGCUCUGGCUUAAGCCCGGUUCAUACUUUCUAAUGUGAUACGAAAUUCGACGUCACAAAAUUCGCAACGAGCAAAUCGCAUCAGUCCAAAUGUGCUGAACUCCUUGUAAACGUUCGCUGUAAAAACAGCCAGGUUACGUCAACAUUCGUAUCGCAUUAGCUUUAAUUGCAUUCGCAUUCAAGUAAAACCUUACUGUGGUAUAUUGUGGUGUCCUUUAAUACCACGAAAGAAUUCUCUGCAGCAAGAUAUUCGAAGAAAACAAAGUCUCAUAAUUAGUUUUUUGAUCAUUUUGUUGUGAACUCGAUCUUGUGGCUAUGUAUUGUGGUUUCAUUUUACACGACCAAGAGCAACACGAUUUCGCUACUUUAAGAUUUAAGAAAACCAGAAUCUUAAUUCACUUGUAUUAUGUAGUGACUCUUUUGGAGCAGAUGAACAGAAAACUUCAUAGCAUAAUAAUAGUAAGGUAUAGGCGUUUACACAGUCUGCGUUCACUUAAACGUACUGUGGUGUUUUGAGGUGUCGAAGAAAAACGCAUUUCCCACCGGCCCUUCAAGAUUUUAGGAAAAAAACACAAUCUUAGUUUACUUUUAUUCUGUUGGGAUUCUUGUGGACCAGAGGAACAGAAAAACACCACAGCAUAUAGUUUUCAUAUAGUUAGGUGUUUAUACAGGCUGCGUUCAUUUAAAUAUACUGUGGUGUAUUUUGGUAUCCUUCUAUACCACUUAGAAGUAAAACAAAUUCUCUACUUCCAGAUUUUACAAUUAAACAAAGUCUUGGUGCACGGGUCAUUUUGUAGUGAACUCUUUUGGAGCAGAUUAACAGAAACCUUCAUAGCAUAUUACUCAAUGCUGCAAAGGUGGUUACACAGUCUGUGUUCACUUAAUAUACUGAUGUACUGUGGUGUUUUGUGGUGUCAAGUAAAACGCAUUCCCCACUGGCAAGAGUUUAGAGGGAGAACAGAAAUCUUAGAUUUAUAAGGUUUCUAUAUUGGUUGGACCUCUAUCAUUGAAACAUUAUGUCCAAAUCAGCAUUAUUUAUUUUUUAGGGGUGUGGAAAUUAUUUCCCCCGGGGCGUAAGCAUCAACUUUUGUCUGAUGACUUUUCCCUGGCCCUUCAUGUCAACUUUUGUCUGACGCAUGUACAUAAUUAUAAAUGAACUAAUCUAGAGUUACAAAAUUCGAAAAUAGAUUUUGAUCGAGUGGUAUUAUAUUAUAUUAUUAGUUCCAUCUAUCAUUUUGAAGCUGGUAUUCAUUUUCGUCAAGUCCUAAAAUUCUGAUUGCGUACAAAACAACUUAAUUUAUUAUUUGUCAAAGUUCUUUCCAUAAGGUAUUUCCUCCUUCUAUAUUUAUGGGAUUGUGUAAUUUGAUUUCUUCUGAGGCGCUUGCGCAGUUGAAAGAAAACUCCGAGGUAAUAGCCGUGACAUGUGACAUCAUACUUUCAGCAGGCUCGCAAGUAAUGCCUGCCUAGAUAUCGGCCUUUUAGAACCUGCUGGUUUCCUGCCAGACGACCUUUCUUCUGCAUGUCAUGGUCACAAACAGAACUGAUUAUAUCUUUUCAUAACGCACAUUAUCGUCGAAGUGAAAUUACUCUCAAAAUGUGAUAUACUAUUGAUAGGUAUUGUACUUCUAACAAGUAACUUUAUUGCCAGUAAUUACAAGAUUGCUUAUCAAACGUGUGUCUUCUUUAUAAAGGCACUGGACACCUUUGGUGAUUGUCAAAGACUCACCAACAUAAAAAAGUAACAAUUCUGUGAAGAUUUUGACUCAAUUGGUCAUCGAAGUUGAAGUUGCACAAAAUAGUGUGCUUUUAUUAUGCUUAAAAAGGGCUUCAGUCCUGAAGUCUUCUCAUUUGAGAGAACGUUACUUCUUUCUCGAAACUAAAUGACUUCGGAGAGAAGAGAGAGCCGUUUCUCACAAUGUUUUAUACUAUCAUCAG